AUGAAUAUUCCAACAGAUUCAUAUCGAAACGUUCAAGUAAGAUUACCCAGAUCUACUUCGGAUUCAUGCGAAGCUACAGAAGUCGACAGUGAAUUGUACAAUCUGAAUCUUCGAAUUGUUUCGGUUUUUGUUCUACGUGUUAUCUCUUUUCUUGGUGCUUCAAUCGCCGUACUUCCGAUCUGUAUCAAACGCUUACAUAUACCAUCAAUAAUAAUUAAUACGGGAAAAUUUUUCGGCACCGGAGUGAUACUUGCUACUGCAUUUAUUCAUAUCUUACCAGUAGCUAUGGAGACAUUGACAGAUGAAUGUCUACCACAAGGUUGGAAAGAUUAUGAAGCUUAUGCAGGUUUAUUUGCCAUGCUGGCUAUACUGGCCAUGCAACUCAUCGAAUUCAUUGCGCAUCAUCAAUUACACAGGGUAUCAAUACAAGAGACAAAAGUUGGUGUUGAAGAAGCUAACGCACAACAUACUAUUGUAUCUGUUGAAAGCAAUCAACAACAUGGUCAUAGUCAUGGUUUAUCACUACUACAAGAUACUCAUAAUCAUCGUGUCACUACAUAUUUACUUGAGUUCGGUAUUGCUACACAUUCGGUUCUCAUUGGUGUGACGUUGGGUACUGAUGAUGGUUCAAAUUUUGUAGCACUUUUUAUUGCACUUUGUUUUCAUCAAUUCUUCGAAGCCAUUGCACUUGGUGCACAAAUUUCACAACUUCAAAAUAAAUCGAUAUUACCAGCUAUUCUCAUGGUAAUAUUUUUCUCUCUCACUACUCCGGUUGGUAUUGCGAUCGGUAUUGGCAUUCAUUUAAAUACAUACAAUCCAAAAUCAGAAGCUGCAUUAGUGUCGACUGGUAUCUUAGAUUCUGUAUCAGGUGCUUUAUUUAUUUAUCAAACAGCUGAUGCACUUGAUGGAAUGCUUUUGAAUGAUGGUUUAUUAUUAGAUGAUAAUAAGAAAAAAGCAUUAAGAAAUUAUAAAUAUGCUGGAGAAGAUCAAUCAUUCUUAGCUCCAUUUAUGUAUAAAUUAUGGGCUUUAUUCUUUAUCUUAGUUCCAAAAAGAAUAUCACCAAAUUUGGUUACAAGUUUUGGUUUAAUAAUUGUUCUACUUGCUUUUAUACUAAUUCAUAUAAAUACGUCAGAUGAUAAUGGUUUGAAUUGUUUAAUAUAUGGAAUAGCUUUAUUUAUUUAUCAAACAGCUGAUGCACUUGAUGGAAUGCAAGGUAAACGUGUUCAUAUGUAUGAAAAUGCGACAACUGAAAUAUUCGAUCAUGGUGUUGAUUCAAUUGUAACAAGUUUAACAAGUAUUGCAACAAUAACACGAUUAACUCAUAUAGAUAAACAUCUUUCACCAAUUUAUUCAGUAUUUGUUUUAUUAACAUCAUUUGUUGGUUUUCAUGCUCCGACAUAUGAACAUGUUGUAACAAGAAAAAUGAGAUUUCAAUCUGGACCAUGUAAUCCGACAGAAGCAUUAGUCGGAAUGCAAUUAAUAUAUUUAAUAACAGCUAUUUAUCCAUUAAUAUGGACGUCUGAAAAGUCAAAAUUACUAUUAAUGAUAAUUAUCGUACCGAUUUUAUCUUUUUCAGCUAUUUUGUGUUUUAUAUCAUCAUUAAAACAAAUUUAUAUUCAUCAUAAAGGUGUUCUAAGUAUGACAAUAAAAUCUCUAUUUCGUGGUUAUUCUCCACUUUUCUUUGUUAUUAUUUGUGCAUUUUUCUAUAUACCAUGUGUAUCAAUAUUAUAUAAAGAACAUUCAUUAAUUUGUUUACUUGCAAUAGCAAUACCAUGGAAUUAUUCAAUCUAUCGAACAAUAAUUGCAGAAAUAACGAAUGAUAAAAAUUUUGAUAUAUUGGGAGUAUUAAUUGGUCAAUGUCCAAUACUAUUACCAAUUUUUACUGCAUAUUUUAUGCCAUCAUUCCUUAUGAUAACAUUAAUUAUAUCAAUUAUAUUGAGUGGAUUUUUGUAUGUAUACACAAUUCAUUUUACAUUGACAGAAGUAUGUCAUGCAUUAUCAAUGAAACAUUUUUGGACUGUUCAAGCAGAUUUUGAAACAAAAAGAAAAAUAUAUUGA